AUUAUAUCUAACCUUCACGCCAUGAAAUUGAAGCCUUCUAAUAACCUGAAAUUUACACCCAGUGGCACGACGUAACUCCGAUGCUUAAUAUAUAAUUUUUCUUGUCAUGACGUCCAACACUUGUACCGUUGUGGCCAAACCCUGAACAGCUGCACUGUUGAUCUCACUUUUGAACAGAACCAAUCCAUUAUUGCCCAGCUUCAAAAUAUAAUUCAGCACAUCGAGAUAAAGAGAUAUGCCUGGGGGUGAAAAUGACGAGUCGUACGAGCAAGAGCAUGUCCAUGAUGUCUACGAACAGAUAGCCGAGCACUUCUCAUCAACCAGAUAUAAACCCUGGCCCACCCCCCACUCCUUCCUCCUCUCACUCCCCCCCGGCUCCAUCGGCCUCGACGUCGGCUGCGGCAACGGAAAAUACCUCUCCUCCAACCCCUCCCUCUUCAUCCUCGCCUCCGACCGCUCCGCCAACCUCGCUGCCAUCGCCGCGUCGAACUACCCGCGUCAGGAAGUCUCCGUCGCCGACGGACUGCGCCUACCGUAUACCGACGGCCGGUUCGAUUUCGCGAUCUCGGUGGCGGUGGUGCAUCAUUUUUCGACGAGGGAGAGGAGAGUUGCGGCGAUUGAGAGUGUGUUAAGUUGUUUGCGGGAGGGAGGGAGGGGGUUGGUUGUGGUGUGGGCAUUGGAGCAGGAGAGUAGUCGGAGGGGGUGGGGGGAGGGGGAUGAGCAGGAUGUAAUGGUGCCAUGGGUUACGAGGAAGCGGAAGGAUCGGAGUCGCGAUCAGGGAAGAGGGAGUGGCGAGGCGGAUGUGGGAGAAAAGGAGACGGAGAAGACGUUUAAUCGGUACUAUCAUCUCUACAGGAAAGGCGAGUUGGAAGAGGAAGCCGUCGAAGCAGGCGGGAAGGUACUGGAGAGUGGUUAUGAGAAAGACAAUUGGUGGACGAUCAUCAGCAGGUAG